AAAAUAAAGAUCUUAAAUACGUAGUUCGGUUGUCGCGAUUUGCAACUUGCAAAAUACAUUUCUUCGUUGAUUUAUCAACAACGAAUAUUAUGGUCGCUGCUUUUAUUUCAGACGUAUUAGAAAGGUUACAAUUCUCUUAAUUGGCAGAACAUUUGUCAGCCAGCUGACUUUAAAGGAUGCCAGCAGGUGUAUCGUGGCCGAGAUAUCUGAGGAUGUUUGCAGCCAGUGUGUUGUCAAUGUUUGCUGGAGCACAGGUUGUGCAUCAGUAUUACCGUCCUGAUUUAACCAUUCCAGAGGUUCCACCGAAGCCUGGAGAACUGCAAACAGAGCUUCUCGGCUUGAAAGACAGACAGACAGAUGCAGCAUCUCAGAAACAAUGACCUGUUGAUUUGUUAUUCAUAACUAAUGUGUAUAAAUACACGCAUAUAGAUAUGAAAAGAA